AUGUCACACUUCUACUUGACUCCACAAAUCGUUCUGCCCUUUAGCCCUCUCACCUCUCGAGAGUUCGAUCUGAUCAGACGCAAGGCUGGAGCAUCUUGGCAGAAGGAAACAAGAUGGUUGGACUCAUCUGUAACAGCAUACACAGGCAGUUACCGGAAAAAACAACUGGAUAAGUUGGAUAAGUCCAUGAACACCCGAUUUUCUUUUAAAGCAGGACAGCAUCGGCCUGAGUGUAACCAGAUAUCAUCACCAAAUUCUGCCUUCAAUCCCACAGUCUGCAGGGCUGGCUCCCGAGAGACUACAGAUGCGAAGGAUUCCACACAGAAGUGA